UUUAUAGCAACUUUACUGAUAUUGCUAUACGUAGCUAUAUCAGUUCUUCGAUCUUCAAGGAAUCUUCUUGCAGCACCCUAUUUCCUGGUGACUGAUGGGAAGGAACCAACUUACAUGUUUACUACUAGAUACCAAAUGAGUAGUAGAGAGACAGCGCUGUACAUAUUGGACUGCGUGUUUUCUGUGACGGUGGUUGGUUCCCUGGUGGUGUUCGUGUGGCGAGGAUCCUGGGCAUUGCUGGACAUCUUCCUGUUCCCUGCAGACACAACCAAAUCCUGCUGGAUCUCCUUGAUAGCAGGAUACUGUCUGGUGGUGAUAACGUUCUCGCUGCAAGUCCCCAUGCGAUGGGCAGUUUCGAGGCUGCAGGGUGCUUCCAGGCUCCUGGUGGCUGACUUCUACCAUCUCGUCUCCUUCUUGGCAACUGUCAACGUCUGGAGGGGAGUCUGGGGUUUGCUGGAUAUCUACCUCUUCCCGGAUUCACCAAAGCUCAGUAAUUGGUCAUGUCACAUCGUCAGUCUGGGUUUACUGAUAAUUCUCAACUGUUCAAACUCAGUCCUCGUCCGAGGAGUCUAUAUAGACGCGGAAGAACCAGCCGGUGACUGUGUCAUCUUUCCCUGCCACUAUCUCCGACUGUUCUUCCACAAGGAGAGAACUAAGAACAGACACAAGAUGGCCCUUGUCGCUGCUGCGUCCACGAAACAGAAGAUUGAAGAAGCAAGUGUUCCUUUACAGACACCUGAGGAAAAGGUCUAGGUGAUCCAUAUCAGUUUUACUCAUAGAUGACGUUUGAAGUGCUAAGAGAGUGUAAAUUGAGUUGAGUCGAAUUGGCAGCACAUUUUACUUUGAUUUAAAAGCCAUUUUGUGAUCGAUUGAUGUGCAGAACAUAAUCUCAAUGCUAGCUUGUAUUAACGCCAAAUUUGAGAGAUUAUAUUCCCCAAUACAUGUACAAUUUUCAAUCAUUAUGUAUUAUUCUUAGGUAAUUUAUACGUCUAGAUUAUUCUUCUAGCUGUUAAGCAACGCAUGGCAACAGGCCAGGUUUAUUACGUUAAUGUGUAUAAUAGCUUAUCGCCGUUCCUGGUUCAGAUAGAGAUAAAUUACUACCUUCUAUUGUCAGUAAUCACUUACCCCCUUAUUCAUAAUAGUCUACUAACUUAAAGCAUUGCUAAUUCUCACUCUGUCUUCUUCUAUUGACCUAAGUCAGAAUGAGCAAAAACACUCCUAAGCGACUGUUUAAAGUUAGCGGACCAUUAUGAAUAAGGGGGUAACUAACUAACUUCUAUCGCUGGAAAGCCAUACGCCCUCCCAUUGACAGACAGCGUGUUCGGAUAAGGUGAGUUACCGUUGACUUUUCUGUCCCAAUAAAGUUUAUUGGGGCAGAAAGUUACGAUUUUUUAUCACAAGUAGGCCACAACCGGAGAUAGACUGAAUAUUGGGAACGGCACUAAGUCUUUGACGUUCAUAGCUUUUGAGUCGAUCUAGACGUAUAAAUUACAUAAAGUUCUAUUUUAUAUUAUAAAAUAUCUGAUUUUUUGUAUCGUGUAAAUAAUAGUAAAAUAUGUAGAUAAAUCAAGGGAAACAAUCACGAGAAAUUGCAUUUAAAUAUUCAGUAUUCUUGAUGUGUAUUGAAAUAUUGUGUGCGUAUUAUGAAUGUUUGAAUAUAACAUUACAACUAACCAAAAAACCGUAUUUAAUAACUAUAUAAAUAUACAUCCAAACAAACACUGCUAUAUUUAUUAUAAUUAUCUAAAAGUUAUAUUAAGUGUUAAUUCCACUUAGAUUUCUUAGUCGACUUGCAAAAUGUACCUAACGCGUAGUCCACUGAAAAUUCCACCCACGCUGAGCGCCCCUGCCGUACGAAUUAAACCAUUUCAACACCUGGUUCGCUUCUACACGAGGCAUCUGGAAACACUGGAACGAGAGAUUGGCCCUUGUUCCUGUAAUAACAAUAACACGUAUAGUACAUACACGACACGUUAACAAGCACGAUAGUACAUAUACAGACACAAUAAUAGAUCCAAUCCUAACACCAAUCUAGUCCAAUCCCGACACGCUUAGUACACACACGAAACAGUUACAGGUCCAAUCCUGACACAUUUAGUACAUAUACGGAUACAGUAACAGGUCCAAUCCCGACACGUUUAGUACACACACGACACAGUAACAGAUCCAAUCCUGACACGUUUAGUAUCAUUAUAUAAGAAAGAAAAGUCGUCGUUCUCAUAUAAAUACACAUUGGGACAUAUGAAACCAAAAGUUAGUGUGUAAAGCUUGUGUAGAGAACACUAAGAUUUCCAUCAAUUUCUAAAACUUCUAAUGUGAAAUUGAUGAAGUAAAAUUUCUAAAAUAAUUUUCAAUAGUGAGCAAACGAAUAAAAUUAUUCUUCUACAAAAGUGAACCCUUCCACACAAUGGUAUGUUGUAAAUAUGUGUUAAAUGUGAUAUGUAUUAAAUCGCAAUAAGUAUUAAUAAUGUUUAAGUUGUACAUAAAGUAUUAUUAAAAAUAAACAAAUAAAUACAUUCAUACACUUA